AUCAAGUAGAACACGAUGCACUCAAGCAAAAAUGGAAGCGACAGCAUGAGUACUUCCUCCUCUGCGUCGGCCGACGCAAAAGUGACUUGGCACGGUGAGAAAAGGGCCCACCCACGCCCCCCUCGGGGGCGCUCUAUUGUCGUUUUUGCAUUUCUGGCAAAACGUUACCUUCCGCCGCCCCUCCCUCAGCCGGCGGGGGUGCCACGGCAGCGGUGCCAAGGAAGCGAUACCCGACAGGUGCGCCCCACAUAAAAACGUGACAAAAAAUUGCCAACAAGGGCGGAGGAGGCCGCCAUUGUUGCGCAUCCCUUUGUUUUUUUUCACCAUUCUGACCUGUUUUGCGUUAUGCUGUUGUGUUCCGCGGACCCCUCCUGUAGACACACACGCUCUCUCGGUGGUCGUAGACUUCACGUCGAGACGGGGGACGUUGCCACAGUGGGAUGAUGAUGAUGACAGCCCGCCCUCUCCUUGGGGAGGAGGCCGCUCUUACUACUACUACUUGUAAGCUAAAGGGUUCACUCCCAAGGUAAUAAUCACAUCUUUAAAAUGCCGAUGCCUUCUUCUCUCUUGCACUCGUUUUCUUUCCUGGGUCGACCGGCUCAGUGGCACGCGCUUGCUAAUUGGUUGCGUAUCUCGCCUCUUUUUCUUCUCCCCCGCUUCUUUCUACCUCUACCUGCGGCUUCUACGGGUGGAUGGGGGUCGCGGCUGUGUAGGUGGCGUCGGUGACAGCAAAAAGGAAGGUAAGGAGUCGGUGGAACUGGAGAAGUACUGGCAAGUGGUGCGGAACAACCCGGCCGACUUCACUGGUUGGACCUACCUGCUGCAGUAUGUUGAACAGGAGAACAACCUGGCAGCGGCACGCGAGGCCUUCGACAAGUUCUUCUCGUACUACCCCUACUGCUAUGGCUACUGGAAGAAGUACGCCGACAUGGAGAAAAAGCUGUGUUCCAUCGAAAAAGCCGAGCAGACGUUCGAGCGAGGUGUCGCUGCCAUUCCGCUGAGCGUCGACUUGUGGAUUCACUACAUCAACUUCGUCAAGUUGCACUUCAAGGAUGAGGAAGGCUACUACGCCAAGGUUAAAAACCUGUUCGAGCGUGCCAUCGAGUCGUCGGGCCAGGACUUUCGGUCAGACCGUCUGUGGGACAUGUUCGUCACGUGGGAGCUGGAGAACAAGAACCUCAAGGAGGUCACCGCCAUCUACGAGCGGGUGCUUCAGGUGCCGACGCAGCUCUACGGACACCACUUCGAGAAGUUCCAGGAGCACGUGAAGACGCAUUUGCCGAAGGACAUCCUGUCGACAGACGAGUUCCUCCAGCUGAGACAGCAGUACAUGGAGUCGAUGCGCAAAGCCACGCCCGUGGGGCCAUCCGGCCAGUCCAGCGACGAGGCGGGCGCUGCCCAGAUGGAGAUCGAUGAGGACGACGGUGACGCACCUCCGCCUGGCGUAGACGAUGCUCCACCCCCGGGUGUUGAGGAUGCCACCAAGGAGGACACCAAGGCGCUGAAAAACGACAAUGAGGCCAAGUACAUCCGGGACAAGGUGGUGGAAAAGAGGCGAGAGCUGUUCAAAGCGAACGAGUCCGAAGUCGGUCGACGGUGGGCCUUCGAAGAAGGGAUCAAACGGCCCUACUUUCACGUGAAGCCCCUGGAACGGCUGCAACUGAAGAACUGGCGCGAGUACCUCGACUUCGAGACGCAGAACGGCAACCACGCGAGGACUGUGAUUCUCUACGAACGAUGCCUCAUCGCCUGCGCCUUGUACGAAGACAUGUGGAUGAAGUACAUUAAAUAUCUGGACACAGCGGAGCCGGAGAAGGUAAACGAAAUCUUCCGGCGGGCAUGCACGACACACCUGGUGCGCAAGCCGAGCAUCAGCCUUGCCUGGGCCGCCUAUGAGGAGAAGCACGGUCGUUUCGAGGAGGCCUCGACCAUCCUGGCAGAGAUGGAGGCGCGCAUACCUGACCUGCUGGAGCCGACGCUGCGCAGGAUCAACGUGGAGCGGCGGCGCGGCUGCCUUGAAAAAGUGGAGGAGCUGUACCGCAAGUGUAUCUCGCAGACCGAGAGCACGACGCUCAAGAGCCACUUCGCCGGCAAGCUGGCCCGGUUCCUCCACAAGGUUCAGAACAAGCUGGAAGAUGCUAAGGAAGUCUUGAAGGAGGCCCUGGACCGGGAGCCGACUGAACGCGCGACUCUACAUGCAACUUCGCCGACCUGGGGUACGAGAAGUGCCCACCAGACGAAGGCCUGGUGCUGGAGGCCUUCGACAUGGCCAUCGCCAAUACCCAGUUGCCGGCCACUGACAAGCUCACCUUCUACCAGAGAAAGCUGGAGUUCCUCGAGGACUUUUGCAGCGACGUGGCCAAGGUUCAGGAAGCCUUUGACGAGUAUUCCAAGGCAGCCAAGGCACAGGAAGUGGCGCAGAAGAAGAGGCCAGCGGAAGAGGCACAGGAGACACCAGAGAAGAAGCCAAAGACGGCGGAGCUGAACGGAGCCGAUGCAGCGGCCGCAUCCGCCGCGCAAGCGAUAGCCGCAGCCACGUCAAGCGCAGCAGCCGAUGCAGCGGCCCAGUACAACUAUGCCCAGCAGUGGGGAAGCUAUCCACAGGCCUACAACUACCAACAAGCAUGGAAUGCCUACCCCACCAGUUCGUACUACCCAACGCAUUGAUGAGCGAGCGCCUGAGUCGCUGCGUAGCAAAAGGGAGACUGCCAUUACUUGUACAUAAGAACCUGCACGCAUUUACCCAUCAUGCCCCUAGUUGAAUCACUAGGUCAGCCUUCAGGCCCCGCCCUUCGCAGCCGGUUCUUACUGUGACCUUCGUUGGCAGACACGUCGUAAUAGCAAGCGAUCCGCUGGAUUUGGUUUGCAUCGAAGCUGUGCAACAGUAGGCGGAAUCGACGGCUAUCUGUUUAUAUAUUGCGUUUCACUCAUGCACCUCCACUAUGUUCACCCCUCCCAUUUCCUUCUCAUUUUUUGGUGUCCCGGAACUUCUCGUGUUGUCACGAGCUGUACGCUAUCAAAGGAACACAAGGAAGGAAACUGUCGCAUAUUACAAUAAAGUGCUCUAUCUUGUGUA